AUGGUGGGCCUUCAACCAUUUGAUCUAUCUCCCCUACCCCGACUUUUUUUUAUCAAACAUAUUCUCAUCAUGGACAAGACCGACGUGAGUCACGUUGAGGUAGCCCAUGACCCCCAUCGCGAUACAGAUCACAUCGGCCAAAUUGAGCUCUUGAGAAACAACAAGGUGGUUUUGAUACCGACACCAUCUGCAGACCCUAGGGAUCCUCUCAACCUUCCCCCAUGGAGAAAGUGGAUACUUCUCAUCCUGGUCUCUGCAUACAGCUGUACAGCUGUUGUUCUUGCCUCCGGCAUGGGUCCCAUUUUUUCCGUGGUAGUACAAAGUUACCCGGGCCAAGAAACAAAAGCGAAUGACCUAAUGACUUAUCCAACCCUCUUCAUGGGUAUCGGAAAUCUGAUUUCUAUGCCAUGGGCAUACACAGCGGGUCGUCGACCUAUCUUCCUCGCAUCGAUGUUGCUUCUUAUCGGGGCUGGGAUCUGGUGCCAGUGUUCACAAAGUCUGGGAAGCCACAUCGCAGGUCGUAAUAUCAUGGCCCUUGCGGCAGGACAAAGUGAGGCUCUGUCCCCCUUGAUCGUUCAGGAGAUCCACUUCCUCCACGAGAGAGGUCGAAAGAUUGCGUGGUUUAUCUUCAUCCAAAAUAUCGCCGCUGGUAUCUUUUUCGUUGUCUCAACCUACAUGGUCUCCGCCUGGGGUUGGAAAUGGUGGUACGGUUUCUUCACAGUCAUGAACACCGUGAUAUUUGCUUUGGCCAUCGUAUUUAUAUCGGAGUCUCAUUUCGACCGACCAGAGGAGGCAACAAGGGGACAAGCUCCCCUGGACCCCAAGGUGAUCGAAGCUAUGGCGAAUACCACAGUGACUGCUCAUGGAACUGUUCUUGACGUUGCGCAAUAUGGGCCUCGCCGAUGGAAAGACGAUCUCAAACCCUGGAUUUUGACGCCACGACUACGUGAUGUGCCGGUGUUUUAUAAACAUAUCUUGCAGGGUCUCUGCGUGCCAACAAUAUUCUGGCUCUUGUUGCUCAAUGGCGCUCACCUUGGAGUUUAUGUUUUCCAAUCAUCAACAUUCUCCAGUAUCCUCAUGAGUCCACCAUACAACUUUGCCUUUACAUCACUGGGGUAUGUCCAGGCAGGCCAGCUUGUUAGCUGUCUCAUCUUCCUUCCCCUUCUGGGGUAUGGUGGUGAUGUGACCAUCCGUGCUCUGAGCAGCCGAAAUGGUGGCUUGUAUCAACCGGAAUACCGACUUCUGAUGAUGGCAAUCCCGGCUGUGAUUGGGACUGUGUGUGGCAUUAUUUAUGGCCAAGCAGCCGCCCAUCCCAGCAGUUGGAAUGUAAGUAGCAUUAUCAUCGCGUACAAUGCUAGCUUUUUUGCAUUUCUGGGGGCAAAUAUUGUUGGCAUCACAUACGCGGUUGAUAGUUUUCCACAGCGAGCAGCUCCAUUUUUGGUUGUCAUUUGUGCAGGUCGUGGACUAAUCUCUUUUGGGCUGAGCUAUGCCACCUUGCCGGCGGUCCAAACCCUUGGGUAUGAUGGAACAAUGAUUGUUGAAACCUUAAUCUGCGCUAUUCUCGCGCUGAUUACCAUUCCGGUGUUUUUCUUUGGUUUGAAGAUGCGGAAUUAUACUGAAUCGUGGUGUACAGGUGCAUGA